AUCAGAAAAGACGCAAGAUGAUGGGCUUUGGUUCAAACGGUUACCCCGCAACAAUUGCAAAAAACAUGAAUGCAUACAAUGAUGUUCCUGAGGGAGUGGAGAUUAGAGGCCGAUACGGUGAAGAGUUUGCAAGAAUUCUCACCAAGGAUGCUUUCCAGUUUGUUGCAGAUUUGCAGAGAGAAUUCAGAAACCACAUCAAGUAUGCAAUGGAGUGUCGCAAGGAGGCCAAACGGAGGUAUAAUGAAGGGGCGUUGCCAGGGUUUGAUCCCGCAACAAGGUAUAUAAGGGAAGGGGAGUGGACAUGUGCGCCUGUUCCACAGGCUGUUGCUGAUCGGAGGGUGGAAAUUACGGGCCCGGUGGAGAGGAAGAUGAUCAUCAAUGCACUCAACUCUGGAGCUAAAGUGUUCAUGGCUGAUUUUGAAGAUGCCCUCUCGCCCAGCUGGGAGAAUCUUAUUAGUGGGCAAGUGAAUUUAAAGGAUGCUGUUGAUGGGACAAUAAGCUUCCAUGACAAGGCCAGGAACAGAGUUUACAAGCUCAAUGAUAGGACGGCUAAGCUAUUUGUCCGCCCACGAGGUUGGCAUCUGCCUGAGGCGCACAUCCUCAUUGACGGAGAGCCUGCAACUGGUUGCCUGGUAGACUUUGGCCUAUACUUUUACCACAACUAUGCAGCCUUCCGACGAAACCAGGGUGAAGGAUUUGGGCCUUUCUUCUAUCUACCUAAGAUGGAACAUUCAAGGGAAGCAAAAAUAUGGAACUCUGUAUUUGAGAGGGCGGAGAUGAUGGCAGGAAUAGAAAGAGGAAGCAUCAGAGCCACUGUUCUGAUCGAAACUCUUCCGGCUGUCUUCCAAAUGGAUGAAAUCCUGUAUGAGCUUAGGGAUCAUUCUGUUGGUUUGAAUUGUGGACGAUGGGAUUAUAUCUUCAGCUAUGUGAAGACAUUCCAAGGUCACCCAAAUCGUCUUCUACCAGACAGGGUCCAGGUUGGCAUGGCUCAACACUUCAUGAAAAGUUACUCCGAUCUCCUCAUCAGGACUUGCCAUAGGCGCGGUGUUCACGCCAUGGGCGGCAUGGCAGCUCAGAUUCCAAUUAGAGAUGAUCCGGCGGCAAAUGAGGCUGCAUUGGAUCUUGUUCGGAAGGACAAGCUAAGAGAGGUGAGGGCAGGGCACGAUGGAACGUGGGCGGCGCACCCUGGACUGAUCCCAGCCUGCAUGGAACUAUUCAACAACAACAUGGGCAAUGCCCCUAAUCAGAUACAAACCAUGAAGCGAGAAGAUGCAGUGAAUAUAACCGAAGAAGACCUCUUACAGAGGCCCAGAGGAGUUCGUACCCUGGAAGGUCUUCGCCUAAAUACCCGGGUUGGAAUCCAGUACUUGGCAGCAUGGCUCACUGGAUCAGGAUCAGUACCUCUUUAUAACCUCAUGGAAGAUGCAGCCACUGCUGAGAUUAGCAGAGUUCAGAACUGGCAAUGGCUGAAAUAUGAAGCGGAAUUGGAUGGAGACGGGCUUGGAGUAAAAGUGAGCCGUGAUCUCUUUGGUAGAAUUGUGGAAGAAGAGAUGGCGAGGAUUGAGAGGGAGGUGGGGAAAGAAAAGUUCAGGAAGGGAAUGUACAAGGAGGCUUGUAAGAUGUUUACUCGGCAAUGCAAAGCAGCGACACUGGAUGAUUUUCUGACUCUGGAUGCCUACAAUCAUAUCGUCAGACAUCAUCCAAAGGGAUCAUCUAGACUCUAAAUGAGUUUAACCCUUUUCAAAUUCACAGUUUUUGUCUGUCUUGUGUUGCAAUAAC